AGUCAUUUUAUUAUUGUUAUAAAAUAUGAAUAAAAAUAAUAUGGCAUUACGGAGACCAAUAAAAGCUCAUUACGCUUUUAUUGAGUUGUUUAGUUCAGAACUGUACCAGCAAAUGCAGUAGAUGUAGGCAUUACCAAAUAUGGAGUUCGCUCGUUUUCCCAACCGUCCUCCCUUCGAACCCUAGUAGCUCUCAAUUUUAUUUUCUGUUAAAUAUCAAGUUAUAUUCAAAUGUUUUCAUUGAACUGUUUGGUGUAAAUAUUGUAAUUUCUUCUUUUAUUUAAAAAUGUCGUUUAGGGUGGUCCGUAGUUCUAAAUUCCGCCACGUGUAUGGGCAAGCCCUGAAAAGGGAACAGUGUUACGAUAACAUCAGAGUUUCCAAAAGUUCAUGGGACUCUACUUUUUGUGCCGUGAAUCCGAAGUUCCUGGCCAUCAUAGUAGAAUCAGCUGGUGGAGGCGCUUUCAUUGUUCUACCACAUAACAAGGUUGGUCGGAUACCGGCGGACCACCCAUUGGUAGGCGGGCACAAGGGGCCGGUGCUGGACAUCGCGUGGUGUCCCCACAACGACAAUGUCAUCGCUAGCGGCUCAGAGGACUGCGUUGUCAAGGUGUGGCAGAUACCAGACGGUGGUAUUUCACGGACGCUCACCGAGCCCGUGGUCGACUUAGUGUACCACCAGCGCAGAGUAGGUCUUGUGCUGUGGCAUCCCACCGCCCAAAAUGUGCUCCUAACAGCUGGAUCUGAUAACCAGAUCGCAAUAUGGAAUGUGGGCACUGGCGAGGUGCUGCUGAGCCUGGACUGCCAUCCGGACCUCAUUUACUCCGCCUGCUGGAACUGGACCGGCUCCAAGCUGCUGACCACCUGUCGCGACAAAAAGAUCAGAAUAAUAGACCCGCGCAAGGGCGAAGUGGAGGCGGAGGCGAUAGCUCAUGAAGGCAGCAAGGCCUCGCGCGCAAUAUUCCUCAAACACGGCUUGGUCUUUACAACAGGAUUCAGCCGCAUGUCUGAGCGUCAGUAUACACUGCGCACGCCGGACGCUCUCGGCGAGCCGAUUGUGACGGUGGAGAUUGACACCAGCAAUGGUGUCAUGUUCCCGCUUUACGAUCCUGAUACAAAUCUGAUAUAUCUUUGCGGCAAAGGUGACUCCGUUAUACGGUACUUUGAGGUAACACCUGAACCUCCAUUCGUGCACUACAUCAACACUUUCCAGACUCCGGAUCCUCAGAGAGGUAUUGGUAUGAUGCCUAAGCGCGGCUGUGACGUGGCUACCUGUGAAAUUGCCAAGUUCUAUCGCCUCAAUAACUCUGGCCUUUGUCAGGUGGUAUCAAUGACUGUGCCGCGUAAAUCCGAGUUGUUCCAAGAGGAUCUGUACCCGGACACGCUGAGUGAUGAGGCCAGCCUCACUGCGGACGAGUGGCUCGCGGGAGAGGACGCGGAGCCAUGCACAAUGUCGCUGAAGGAACGUGCGGUCGUGGUACAGGGCGGCUACGUGUCGGGCCGCGCUCAGCAGCUCACCGUCAACAAGAGGAGCAACGCGCUCGCCACCGGCAAGGACAGGGAGAAAGAGAGAGAGAAAGACAAGGACCGCUCCCCCACCCCCGCGCAGAAGCGAGACGACAGUCAAGCUGGCACUCCCGCUUCAGCUACACCACCGCCCGCUGUUACUGCUGCUAUUGAGAAACAGCUGUCAGAUUUGGUAGAGGAGAUACGUAAACUGAAAUCAGUGAUCGUAAAGCAAGAGAACCGCAUCAGAGCGCUUGAAGCGGCUGCCAAAGCGGCGAUACUGAGCCCACCUCCGCCAGAGCCCUCCCCGCUGCCGGAACAUAAUCACGAAACACCCGUCCCUGAAACGAUGGCCCCCGAUGAAGUCUGAGGUACCAUAGACUAUCUGUUCAUGACAGCAAUACACAAUUUGUAUGUCAACCAUAGACACAAUUAAAAAAUUAUCUAUGCAUUUAUUGAAUUAUCAGAUUAUAAUCGAAUGAAGUGUUUUGUCAAAAUAUAAUCCUAAAGUAAUAUUUUCAGUAUACUAAAAAGAUCUUAAAAUUACUCUAUCUUAAAUGCACUUUGUUAUUUGUUGUCGUGAAAUGUGUCUUCUGAUCGGUUGCUUAUGUCUAUAUAUUUGACAGUUGAGUGUUGCUGUUUCUAACAAAAAUUUAAAAUCUUAUAUAUGGCAAUACAGGAUAUGUCAACUCAGUCAUCCGUUAAACUGUCAUUCGUUUGUGUAAAACUCAAUCUGUUAAAGUUAGUUAAUAUUAAUUGAAGUCAUUAUAAUA